AUGAGUACUCCUACAGGUGUAAACUUCAACCCAACCGUACCAGUGGACAAGGGAGGCAUCUUAUACAUGACCCUAGUACUCCACGGCCUAGGCGCCAUGAUAGCGUGGAAUAUGUUCAUCACCGCGAAGGACUACUUCGUGAAGUAUAAGCUGAAGGACUCCACCUAUGCUGACAGGUUCCUCGUGUAUCUUGGCUAUGCGAGCCACACUCCCAACUUUCUGUUCAGUUGGUUCAACGUCUUUAUUGUUUUGCGUGGAAGCCUGAUGAUACGCAUCAUAGUAACACUAAUAAUGGAGGUAUUCAUAUUCGUGCUGACCAUCUUCCUGGCCAUGGUGGACAGUUCAGGGUGGGCAGACGGAUUCUUCUGGGUUACCAUGGUCUCGGUCUUCUUUCUUCAUGCAUCGAACGCAGUCUACCAGAACUGCGUGUUCGGCGUGGCUGGUCGUCUACCGGCCAAGUACACCGGCGCCGUGGUCCUCGGUAACAACUUGUGUGGCACCCUGGUGACGCUGCUCAACUGGGUCUCCGCCUCCUUCGGGGGCUCCCUCAAGAGCUCUGCCAUCUACUACUUCAUCGGAGGCAUGGUUGUCUUUCUGGCCUGCCUUGACAGCUACUUUGCCUUGCCCCUGAAUAGGUUCUACCGCUAUUACGACUCGCUGCAGCAGAAGAGCUCAGCGGCGAAGGAGCUCGGCGAGAACUCACCCAAGAAGAUCCCUUACCUCAUGAUCCUGAAGCAGUGCUGGGUGCAGCUUUACAACGUGUGGCUCGUGUUUGUUGUUUCCAUCGGGAUAUUCCCUGCUAUUCACUCUGAUAUUCGUUCGAUGGGUGACUUCCUCGGUGACAAUUUCGUGCGGGUGACAUGUUUUCUCACAUUCAACUUCACCGCGCUCAUCGGGAACAUUACGGCAAACUAUUUUCAAUAUCCAACCCGCAGAUGGUUGUGGGUGGCGACAACGUCCCGUAUCGCGUUCAUCCCUCUGUUCCUGAUGUGCAACUACCAGCCUUCCGGAGUGACGCGCACCAUGCGAGUCGUCAUCACCUCCGACGCUGUCUACUGGGUGCUCAGUGUGCUCUUGGGGUGGACCUCUGGCCACUUCAGCUCGCUCGCUAUGAUGUAUGUUGGCGGUAAAGUAGACCCUGAGUACGUGCACAAGGCGGUCAUGAUCGGCGGCGCUAUUCUGAUCACGGGCAUCCUCUCGGGGAUCGCACUGUCGGGGCUCGGCCCCACCAUCGUCUCCAUGAGCAUUUGGGGCUGA